UGAAAGUAAACAGUCGUGUAGUGGCGCAGUGCAGUUGUUCAAAUCCAGAUGAACGUUUCAGGUUAAAUAGUUCGCGCUGUUUGCUCAAAUUUUGAAUCGGAAUUAAAUUCUAGUUUAUUUCAGUUUCGUGCUUCAUUCCUUCAGCUUCUCGUUGUGUUUAAUAUUCAGAUGAAAUUCCCAUGGAGAUCAUAUCAGCUGCACCGGUUGUGUUUUUCCUGUUGGGAAUCUGGAAUGAAGGUCUAGCAGUUCUGAUCCAAACCCAGCAGACGGUGUUGGCAGCAGUAGGAGAAGAUGCUCCUCUCAGCUGUCAGCUGAUGAUAACUAAAGACAUCCAGCAGGUCACCUGGCAGAAGGUCUUGGAGAAAAGAGAGAGGAAUAUUGGAUCCUACAGCGAGUAUUUUGGUGAAACAGUGAAUGAUGGACUUAAAGAUAAAGUUCAGUUUACAGAAGCUGGACUGCAGAAGAACUCGAUAGUUAUCAGGAACGUUACGGAGCAGGAUGCAGGAUGCUACCGGUGUCUGUUUAAUGGAUAUCCUGAUGGAGCUCUGACAGCUGCAACAUGUCUGAAGGUUUAUGAGCUGCAUGGACCCUUCAUUGAUGUCAGCAGAUCAGACUCUCCUCCAGGGUCGGUGGUGACCUGUUCAGCCACAGGUCAACCUGUUCCCAUGGUAACACUGACUGUUCUCCAUCAGAACCUCAGUUUCUCUGACAGCAACACCUGCAGAGAGACCAACACUAACGGUACCGUCACAGUCACCACUACAGCUCUGCUCUCAGCUCUCAGCAACACACAGGUUGGAUGUUCAGUAUCACUGGACUCUGCUGCUCCCAGAGAUCUGCUGGUCAUCGUUCCUGGAUUCACUGAGACGUCUGAUGAUGGUCUGAAUAACCAAUCAUAUCUCAGAGGUUUCAGAUGGCCUCUGAUUGUUGUUGUCAUCCUGGUGAUCCUGAUCCCUAUUGGUGUUUUAGUAUUCAGAAGAAUAUCUCUGACCAGGAAUAUGGAACCUUCAGAAAAUGCCACAGCCAAUCAGAAAUAAUUCACCAGUGUCGAGCUCAGAGGACAAACCACGAACACCUGAGAGCCAGAGACAAAUCCGCGAUUCCCGUCCAUCACCAUGACAUGUUUUUCCAAAAAAUUGUUACUUUGAGUCAUUACAAAAAUACUUUUUAUGUCAGAAAUAAUACACAACAUUCUGGUAUUUCUCAAACAAGCAUGAAUUUGUUGAGGUACGUUUUUGAUGCCAACAGUAAUUAAUCAAUAUCUGAUCAAAUUGAUAAGGCAGCUAAACUCCAGUUAAUUGAAUCAAAGGCCGUUACCAAUUUCUUGACCAAGUAAUAAAUACUGUUUUCAGGGACUCAUUUGAUAGUUUAGAUGUCAGUGUUUUAUUUAUUUCCUUUUGAAGAAUUGUUUGGUUUUAUACUGUUUUUAUAUAUUUUUUACACAAAUAAUUCAUCCUCAUUCAUAUACAAUCUAUCAUUUGAUCAAUUGGUAAAAAAUAUUUUUUAAUUUAGAAAUUGAAAAUUAAGAAGCCUUCUUGUUGUAACCGUUUUAGGUUUCUGAGUGUAUUUUACUCUAAACUGGAAACCAGAAUGUAUUUGGUUUUGUUUUUCCAGGUAUUGUUGUGUUAAUGUGUGUUUUCUGAUUUCCUGUAAGAUCAUUAAAAAGCACUGUUUGAUUUGG